GAAUGAUUUUUGCCUACUGUUUCAUGACUGUGGUGAACUCUCUCCUGUAAUCCGGUGACAGUGCUGGCAGUGCCAUGCUUCGAAUAUUGUUGCUAAUGCUGAGCCUGCAAACCCUUACCCAGGCAGCAGCAGAAGAAAGUGAGGGACAUGUAUUGAAGAUUGUAGAUGUUAUAGCUGAAGAUCCAACACCAGCAGCUAAUGAUACAUUAGAUGACUACUAUGAAGAAACUUCUACUAAUAAUCAAACUGAUAACAAUUCCGAAUGGUUGUAUCAAUUCAUUGAAGAGACAGAUGAAUGUGAUCCAAAUCCCUGUUACAACAAUGGUGUAUGUACAAAUGAUGGUGAAGGCGAUUUCAAAUGCGAAUGUCCCCUUCCUUUUAAGGGAAAACGCUGUCAAACUGUUAUAAAUGCGUGUAAGCAUGCCAAAUGUGGCCGUGGCGAAUGUGUUAUUAUUGACGAUAAGCCAUUUUUUGAGUGCAAGUGUUUUGCCCCCUUCCAGCCUCCCAACUGCAGGAGACCCUCAGCAUGUAAUCCUAAUCCCUGUUUGAAUGGUGGAACAUGUGUAAAGGGUCGUACAAGGGCUAGUUUCUACUGCAGUUGUCCUGAUAACUACAGAGGAAAGUUCUGCCAAGUUGGUCCUGAUGAUUGCUAUGAGGGAGAUGGGGCAUCCUACAGAGGUUUUGUCAGUGAAACAGAAGAUGGACACGAUUGUCUGCAUUGGAACUCUCACCUCAUUGCAGCUGGUAUUUCUGAGGAUAGUGCUAAUACAGAGCAAGAAGAAGAAGAAGAAGAAGAGGAGGAUGAUGGAGUAGGACAACAUAACUAUUGCAGAAACCCAGAUGGAGAGAGCCAGCCUUGGUGUUUCAUCAGAUACAAUAACACAUUAAGCUGGGACAUCUGUAAUGUCACACGCUGCCCUGAACCAGAUGUAACACCAACUGAAGCAACAAACAAUGAAUUCACCACAUCUGCUCCAGAAGAAGAGUUCUCAGUGUGUGGAAAGCUAUGGCCAGGAAGGGUCGCUCCUAGAAUCUUUGGUGGAAGGAAAGCGAAACCUGGAACUCAUCCCUGGCAAGUUUCUUUGCAGGGGCGCUCCAGACAUAGCACCAAUGAUUUCCAUCACUUUUGUGGGGGAAUCCUCCUAAACUCAUGCUGGGUCCUCACUGCUUCUCACUGUUUACACAGCACAGUUGAGAUGCAGGUGGUUCUGGGUGGGGUGGACCUGGAAAAGCAUGAGGCUGCAGAUCAGACUUUGGCAGUGGAAAAAUAUAUAAAGCAUCAGAACUACACAGACAUUGAUGAUAUCCAGUACAAUGACAUAGCCCUGCUCAAACUGAAGGCUAUGUCUGAAGAUGGACAUUGUGCCAGAGAGACCAAGUUUGUUAGAGCUGCCUGUUUACCAACUGGGCCCCUUCCUGAUGGGAUGGAAUGCACUAUAUCAGGCUAUGGAGUCACUGAGAAGGAUGAGAGUGGUUCCAGUCAGCUGCUAGACACAAAGGUCCUCCUGAUUAACCAGGACCGUUGCAAGGCUCCUAAUGUUCUUGGUAAUGUGCUGGAUGAGGGCAUGCUCUGUGCUGGACGAAUGCAAGGAGGUGUUGAUGCUUGCCAGGGAGAUUCUGGGGGUCCACUCAUCUGUAGGCAGAAUGGCACAAAUUUUAUCUAUGGUGUAGUGAGCUGGGGUGACGGCUGUGGAAAGAAGAAUAAACCUGGUGUUUAUGCCCGUGUCACCAAAUUUAUUGACUGGAUCAAUGAAAAUAUGCGUUCUACAUAAAGUGGGGAUAUACUUUGAUGUGACACAAUGACAUAUUUUAUCCAGCUUUCACAAAACUUAUUGUCAAGCAAGUAAUGAAAUUAUUAUGUUUAGAUUCUCAACAUCGGGACUAUAAACUCUUCACAAGCCAAUAAUUCGGAUUUCUAUUCCCUUACUAUACAAUGUUGUUGACAAGAAUUAAAAUGAGAAGUUUUAUUCAUUAAGACAGCACACUGAAAACUAUUUUUAGCAGCUACUAUUUAAAUGGCUGAUAUUUAUCUCUUUAUCAGUAUUCAGGUACUCACUAGGGACCAUAUUUUAUAUUAAGUGUACACAGUAAGGAUUAAUAUCAGUAUUGUGUAUCCAUUUGAAAAACUCUGUCUUGGAUGUAUAAAAUAAAACUCUGGCAACCUUA